AUGAGCUCCGAGCGUAGGGAGCAGGCGGCGCCCCGGUCUGACGGAGGUGGCUGCGCCUGUGGCCGCCGGGGCAGCGGCGGAGGCAGCUGGCGCCUCUUCCUGGGCUUCUUCGCGCUCUCGCUUGCGCUGCACCUCCUUACCCUGGGCUGCUACCUGGAGCUGCGUUCCGAGCUCCGCCGGGAGCGGGACCCCGAUCCCACGCCUUCUCCCCGUCACGGGGGUACCGCGGUCGCCCCGGGCUCCUCUGGCUCGGCCCGCCUGCAGCGCUUCGCCGAACCCACGGACCGCCGCCAGCAGCUGGCCUUGCUGAAUUUCUUCCUCCCUGAAGAAAAAUUGCAUCUUGAAGAAGAAACUAGGCAUGUCCGCCGAAAUAAAAGGAGUAAAAGUAGUGAAGGACCUGAUGGUCCAAGUUCAGUUAAAAACAAGAAAAAGGGUAAAAAGGCUGGUCCUCCAGGACCCAAUGGUCCUCAAGGGCCACCAGGACCUCCUGGACCCCAGGGCCCCCCAGGAAUCCCAGGGAUCCCUGGAAUUCCAGGCACAACUGUAAUGGGACCUCCUGGUCCUCCUGGUCCUCCUGGACCCCAGGGACCACCUGGGCUUCAGGGCCCUUCAGGUGCCACAGACAAAGCUGGCUCCAGGGAGACACAGCCAGCUGUGGUUCAUCUCCAGGGCCAAGGGUCAGCAAUUCAAGUAAAGAAUGGUGGAGUGCUCAAUGACUGGUCUCGCAUCAUUAUGAACCCCAAGGUGUUUAAGCUGCAUGCACGCAGUGGGGAGCUGGAGGUACUGGUGGACGGCACAUACUUCAUCUAUAGUCAGGUAGAAGUGUACUACAUAAACUUCACAGAUUUUGCCAGCUAUGAGGUGGUGGUGGAUGAAAAGCCAUUCCUACAGUGCACCCGGAGUAUUGAGACAGGCAAGACCAACUUCAACACCUGUUACACAGCUGGGGUCUGCCUCCUCAAAGCCAGGCAGAAGAUUGCAGUGAAAAUGGUCCAUGCUGACAUCUCCAUCAACAUGAGCAAGCACACAACUUUCUUUGGGGCCAUACGGCUAGGAGACGCACCAACAUCUUAG